UGGGGGACUUUGGAGGUAGAGCACAAGAAACAUCUGAGGUUUUUCAGAUCUGAUGAGCAGCUGCCACCAACUGCAGCGCACUUUCUUCAUCACUGCUCUCCUCCUGGACCUUCAGCCCGUCUGAGCUGCUCAGACUAUCUCUCUCUCACGCACACACACACACACACACUGUGCCACACGCCAUCUCCUGCUCCUGUUGCGCUUGUACUCCAUUCCUGCCUCAACAUGCAGCUCCUGGUGGUGUUAGCAGCUCUCAUGGGGGUUCUCUUCAGCGUAAGAGCAGCUGCCGUGCUUCCUCUGGACGACAGGAGCCCCAUCCAGGCAAACAGGGAGCUGAGUAAAGAGCGCAAAGAGCUGAUCCUGAAGCUGGUGUCCGGAUUGUUAGAUGGAGCUCUGGACACCAACAUGCUCCCCGGCGAAGCGGCUCCAGUGGACCUCGAGGAGCCGCUGGCGUCCCGCCUGGAGGAGAGGGCCGUCUACAACAGGCUAUCACUGCCUCAACGUGACCGCAAAGCCCCCUGUAAAAACUUCUUCUGGAAAACGUUCACCUCGUGUUAACAGAACCGCCUGGCUCUGCCCCUCCAUCCGUCCCCUCCUCCCCCUCUCCAGCUCAACAGGAACUGCAGUAGAUCUCAGCUGUACAUAUCAUAUACACCUGUGCAGCAUUGAUGGACUUUACUGAGACAGCGUGUAUGUCUGAAUUUCGACUAUUUAUGUACACAAUGUAUGUAUUUCUGUAUCGUAACAGUUCAUUUCGGGGUUAAUAAAAAAAGCAUGGAUUAUAAUGUCAGACACGGUAACGGCAGUCGAUUCUGCAAAAACAGGAGGUCAUAUUUUUCACCUGCUUCUAGAGUUCAAAUACACUGUCAGAUUAAAGGCAAAAAAACAAUGAGUGAAUGUUUUUUUAUUUGUAUUUAAUUGAUUUUUUUUUCACCUCACUUUGAAAGAGUGGUUAGGAUUGUAGUAAUAUUUAGAGAUUUGCUGUGUAAAUAUAAUUUCCUGUCUACAAAACACGGACUUUGUGUUGAUAGAGGUUACAAAGAUCACUCUGAUUUACUAAAAA